AUUCUGAUUCUCCACCUGUUUGUUGGCUGCAUUGUCCUAUUGCUGAGGUGUCGUUUGGUUUAGGCUACUAUAAAUUUAGUGUUUACAGUACAUCGAUCUGGCUACAUCGAUCUGGCUAAGCUACAAGAUCAGUAAUGGAAGAAGAAUUGUAUGAAGAAUUACCAGACCCAGGAGUACUACAGGAAGAGGACUUAUAUGUUGAUACAGAAAGCUUCACACCUGCUCUACCGCCGCAAAUGGACGAGUUGUAUGAGGACUGCAAUAGCCCACCUCCGCCGCCACUGCCACCAGCCAUCAGACCACCUCCACCACCUCCAUUGCCAAGUAUCAAUACAAAUCAGAGAAGAGGAUCAGAGUUACCUCCAAAGAAGAAGAAACAAUCACAACCACCCCUACAGACUCAAGGCCUCAACAUGAAUGAGAUUCUUGAAAAAAGGAAAAAACUACAAAAAGUGAGCUCACGGACAUCUGAUAGCAUGCAGUCUUCUGUAGACUCUCAUACAACAAAUGAAACACCACCAUGGCAGGUGAAAGCGAUGUUGAGGAAGAGUGUAGACUACAGUGAACAGAGCAAAAAAGAUGAGAAACCUGAAUGGAUGAUAAAACCUUUGAAACGCAUUGGAGACAGACCAGCAAGUGUUACAGAGUCACAAGCUGGAAUUGCUGAUAAAUCCGGGUCAUUGCCUUUUCCUGUUCGUCUAAAGAAAACAGGCAUUUCUCUUGAACAGGAAGAGCCAGAUAGUGAGAUAACACCCCGUUUGUCUGUUCUUAGCUGUAAAGAUGUGUCAGUAACAGGACCAACGCUCAAGAAAGUGCCUAAACCAUCACCUAAACCGAGACCUUCAAAUCCUGCAACGCAAGGAGAUGGUAGUGGAGGAACAACACCCACACAGUCACCUAGAAGCUCAUUUGUACCAUUAAUAUCAAAGAAGCCAUCUUCUCUUCAUAAUGGUGAUGUUAGUGGCUCUCCACCAGAUCUACGCUCUUUACCUAAACCACAACAGGAUGCUUCUUUUCCAGAGGUAAAUCAUUUUCCACAGUCUCCCAGGAUACCAAACCGAGGUAAACCAGUUGAUUUUGCAUCUUCUAAACCUGCUGAGGUACCACAUCCUCCACAAGAUUCAUCUUUGUCAAGGCCACCUCUUCUACAACCACCUCAUAGUGUUGAAAGCGAGGUCCCUCCUCCUGAUGUUAGCUUGCUGCCCAAGCCAGCUUUGUCUCCUCCCGAUGUGAGGUCUUUGCCUAAACCUGGUCAGGCAUUACCUGCUUUGGCUCCUCGUCUUUCCAGAGAAGGAUUAAGUGUCAGCAAUUCCUCAUCUCAUGCUUUGCCUAACAGGUCACUUGUCUCAGAUGUUGCACUCAAAACACAAGGCGAGACAAGUUCAGAUGUGAAUACAAAUGUGCCAAGAUAUCGUCGACGAGCUUUGCCUGUUGUUGAUAUCAAUAAUCCACCACCCAAGCCACAUCACUCUAAGCCUCCAUCUCUUCCUUCUCUUGGUGCACAACUGUUGAGGCCUCGUUCAGAUACUGAACUUGAGAGUGAGGUCAACAGUCUGUUAGCAGAUAUUGAUCAUAAAUCUGAUAGAUUGAAGGUUAGUGAUGGUUAUCCAGCUGAUGACAUUUAUGAUGAUGUGGAGCCUGAUAAUGAGCAGAAGCCAUCUCCUGUAAAAUACUCGUUGGGAGGCGUUACUACAACUUCUUCAUCUGAUGCAUAUCCUGCUGAUGACAUUUAUGAUGAUGUUGCUGCUGAUCAUGACCUGCCUCCAGAGCCACCACCUCCAGUAGAAGAUGAACUGUAUGAUGAUAUUCACCCAGAAGAAAAGGGUUCUAAACUAAGUGAGAGUAUGGAGAGUGUUGCUUCGUUUGCCAGUGAUUCAGAUGCUGGCGAGUCAGCAGAUAAUGAUCUUGAGGGCAGCAUGCCUGUAGAUGGUGGGGACACUUUAAAACUGAACAGAAAGGAAAUGAACAAACUAAAGAAACAGGAAAAGGAAAGAGAGAAGCAGCUGGAAAAGGAAAGACGAAUACAGAAGAAGAAGGAAGAGGAAGAGAGGAAACUGAAUGAGAAGAUGGAGACUCAAAGAAAGAAGAACUUUGAGAAGACGAGAAAAGCUUUUAAGCUGAAAGGUGAUGAAGAAACAAAGCUUGUAGUUUAUACAAAUCAAGCCAUUUGUAAAGCUAAGAAGAACUUUCUCACAUUCAACGAAGGAGAGCAAGUCAAGGUUCUUUUCAUGAGUGCAUACCAGGCACCCAAUAAGAAAGAAUUUCCUCAAGGAGCAUGGCUUGUGGUGAAGUCUGAUGGCAUGGUGGGCUAUGUCGACAAACUACACCUUGAUACAAGCCAUAUUGGAGGCUUGGAGGUAUUAGUCACAUUAAUGGUUUCAUAA